UGGUGUAUUGGUGUGUUGAACAAUGCUCGAUUAAACCAUGAAUAUAAUAAUAAUAUAAUAGUAAACAUUAUUAUAGUAUUAUUAUUAUGCUACUUCCGUGACGGUCACAGUAGUUGUAGUUGUAAAUCAUAGGCCGCCGCAGCACUAUCAAUAGACAACAAUAGUAAUAAAUAGGUAGGCACGACUUUAAUUGUACCACCUACUUAUAGAUAUAAUACAUACAAUAAUAUUUACUGUUCGGUCCGCGGCGGACGGAUAACGUAAACGGUGAACACUACCGUGCAAACACGAAAAUCACACUCCCGACCGAUCGUCUUUUCCUCGUCGACGACGACGACGACGACCGUUCGAGAGUCGAGAGCCCGAAAACUCGCGUGAUCGAGCUAUGAACGACGACGGGAGUCGACAGGCAAAGCUCGAGGAUCUGGACAUCACCAAACAGGAAUUGGACAGCAUCGGCGAGGCGUUGAAGAAUGAACAGUUCCGAAAACUGCUGUGUGAGUACGUGGACGAGAUCAACGACCCGGAGAACCGAGCGCAGUACGAGCGGGAGAUAGAACAGUACGAACUGGAACGCGGCACCAGAGUAACGUUCGUGCGCCCGCAGCCCGGGUACGUGGUGAAGACGAGCGCCAACGGCGUGCGAAAGGUGUUCAUCAACGUGUGCUGUAGCGAUGUGCUGCAGAAGCCGACCAGCCGCCCGGGCACCAGGGGUGACCAUUGGUCCCUGCCACAUUGCCUGUCGCCAGUGCGCGAGGACUACGACAAGGCCCACAAGCCGUGCGACGUGUACGAUGUGGUCUUUCAUCCAGACGCGCUCAAGUUGACCACACACGGCAAGAAUCUCAAAGACAUGGUUGAGGACACGGCACUCAGUAUGGUCGAGAAGAACAACAAUGUGGUUUUAGACAAGGCUAAUCUCAAGUAUCCGAAAAUUGCAUUCAAAGGUGUCGCUCGUUCGUUGGUCAUACGUAAGUCGAUCAAGGAUUUCCAGCCAUCUGCCGAACUCCAGUCUGCUGAAUUACCCGGGUGUCCGUAUAAGCCACCAGUUGAUCGACCGGUUCAACAUCAUGAUCUGGGUGCGUUGAAACAAAAGUCACUGUUUACUGUUCCUAAGUACAUUAUAAAAUAUCGAAACGACAUAGACAUUCAAGAACAUGGAUAUAAUAUGCAUUGUAAAAUGAAUGCUGUCAUACCAAAAGAGUUAAUUAUUGAAAUUAACUUGCCGCUCUUGGACUCUUCAGCAAAUGUAGAACUUGAUGUACUCCCUAAGACAUUGAAUUUAGUUUGUCAUAAGCCUUCAAAGUAUAAACUUGAUAUCAAUUUGCCUUACAGCGUACUGGAAAAUGAAGGUAAUGCUACGUUUGAUCAAAGUACUAAAAAGUUGAUUGUAUGCCUUCCAGUCUCGCGGUCAGAGCCAUCGCUGGAGUAUGUAAAAAAUUUUGUUAGUGAGGUUGAAAUGUCCAAAGAUGAAAAUGGUCAUAAUUUUGAUAUUGCAAAUAGUAAUUUUGAUACAGUUGUGAUCAAUAGUGAAAUUAACAAUGACGUCCAAGAUUGUAAUACUACAGAUGUUAAUAAAGGUAUAGUGACUAAUGGUCAUGACAACAUGAACACAAAUGAUCUUAAAGACAACUCUGAGCAAAAUAGCUGUAAUAAUAGUAAUAUCACAGAAAAUGAUGUACACUAUAUACUGCCAAAUCACGAAUUUAUUUUUGACAAUAAAUGUUUUCUCACGCUCAAUGUAAAAAACGUCGAUCCAACAUCGAUUGAUGUGAUAGUUAUUAAGGACGAAAAUUUGAUCUCCGGCAAAUUCCAUUCCAUUGGUUCGGGAUUUUUUCCUAUAUGGUUUGCUUUUUGCUUAAAAAUUCCAUCUGAAUCGAGCUUAUUUAAGUCUGAUGUCAACAUAUUACCUUCUGAUAAAAAUGUUAUACUACAUUUUUCUAUACAUUUUAAACCUGACAACAAUCAAUAUUGGUAUGGACUUGACCAAGAUAACUUAAAAAUUCAGUGUAUUGAAAUGGAAACACAUAAAGAAAACACAAAACCUUUAACAAACGGUGUUACAAUUCCUCUCAAUGACAGUGAUGAUGACAAUGAUGAUGAUAAUGAUGACGAUGAUGUAUUUGACCGUAGUAAAGAAGAUGAAUUAAAUAAUCAAAAACAACAGAGCAUCAAGAAAAAUGAUGAAAAUUAUCAGUGCAAAGAUAAAAAUGUUAAAACAACCAAGGAAAAAAGAAAAAAAAGAAAGGAAAGAAGAUUCAAAAAUCAAAUGCCAUACCAAUAGCUAUUGUCGGCAGUUUACCAGAAACUAGAAAAACAUCAGAUUUCAUACCCGGAUCAUUACCUAUUGAAUUUAAUAACAUCAGACCAACAAUUCGAGGAAUCU